AUGUCCAAUAGAGAUUUCCACAAACUCCAGGAGGUCAGAUUAGCAAGAGCAAAACUUAACACAUACAAGUCUUUUGAUGCAGAAGAGGAUUUCGAAUUCUGCCCUAUUGUAAGCCCUCAGCGCUACACCAAAGAUCAUCGCUCGACUUUGCACUCGCCUCAGAACCUUAAUCAGAUAGACUCCGCCUCCCUUUUCAAAAUUUUGGCCGCUGCAAAUCAACAACCGCCAAAGCUGCCCCAGAUCGAGCAAGUGCCUGGUUUCUCUCUCCCGCAAAACACCACAUCCUCUCGCCAAGUUCAGGCGGAACACAGCUCGAAGUACCCCAAUUUCAAUUACAUCUCAGAUACACCAACAACGGGUUCUGAAGCAGCAUCCUCAAACGCUUCGUCGUUCAAAUUUCAUUCGGUGUCUUCCAAAGCAGCAGAACAGCUUCAAUCGAUUUACUCGAUCGCGGAGGACAAACAUCCUGGGAGAAUGCGCAUCGUUUCUGGUUGAGUCACUUCAAAACAACAAGCAGGAUAAACAUGAUAAUCACAAGCACGAAUAUCGUGAACCAAUCGCCAUGCUCUCUCAAUCUCUGCCUGAAUCUGUCUAUGUUCGUCCGUCCUCGAAUGAUUUUUGCAUUUGCCCUUGAUAUCCCUGACUCUAAAUCAUCAAGUAACACCAUGUGAUUGCCCACCUCAUCUCCAAUCUGCAAAGACAUCUCGUGUUGUCUAUUGACCGAUUGCGAUAAUGAAUUGAUGAUUUCGUCUUGAUUUAGUAUUUCCUGCUGAUUUUCCAUAAAUAUUUGUUUGUUUGACAUUCGCAUAGAAUCUAUCGUACUCCCGUUGUCGUCCUUGUAUACGUUGUUUGUUUCGAAAAGUACGUCUCUACUAGGCUCGUCGUUCUCAGUCAGAGAUGAUUUUGCUUGCGCCCGUUUCUGUGAUUCGGAUGGAUCUAUUAGGUUCUCCUUGAAUCUCACAGACUUAGAUUUCUUUAUUUUUGGUCUGGGUUUGUUAACGGCUUCGUCAAGCCGUAUUGUGUUAAUCUCGAAAUUGGCGUCCUUAGGAAGAUCCUCCUUGAUGGAGUUUAAAUGUUUAUUGUAAAUCUCCAAACUUUCACGAAAUCGAUCGACUUCCGGCCCCACUCCGCUAGAGUCUAUCUCUUCAACCAGAAGCAAUUCCACGUAUCUGAUCAAGUUUGCAAGUUUACUAAGCGUCAACACAAGAUCAUCAUUGGAAUUGAGAACUGGGGCAUCUCCUACCUGUUUCAGUGUGUGGAAAUCCUCCACUAAAGUUCCAAGUUCCUCUUCUAGAAGUGAAAGUUUGGUAAAUUGUCGCUCCAAAG